GACCCCAGUAACCCGUAAAUAUAUAUAAACACUUAGCCACCCAGCCGGAUAUUUCUUUUGACUUACAUCCUGGAAUGCUAACAAUGUUGUGGCUCAACCGACCAAUUCAAUGCCUCGCCAGGACAAGUCGAAGCCAUCGGACCUACCACAGGGCCUCGCCUGCGCAUCGGGGUUUCCAGAAACCCGUCCAUUUUCCGGUGCAGCGAGGUGAAACAUCUCUGGUCCUGGUGGAUGAGGCGCGCCGAUUCAUACAGGAUUGUUUGCUUCGGAUGAAUGUGCCUACCAGCAAGUUGCGUUCCAUUAGCGAGUUCUUGGUGGUGGCCGAUUAUCGCGGAAACUUCGGAAACGGCCUGAAUCGCUUGGAUGGCUAUCUGAGUGACCUGCAAAUGGGCCAUGCCAGAGCGGACGCCGAGCCAAGCGUCAUUAACGAAACAGCCGCCACAGCCCACGUGGACGGCAACUCCGCUUUGGGCGUCAUUGUGGGGGAUUUCUGCAUGGAUCUGGCUGUUCAGAAAGCCCAGAAAGCGGGCAUAGGAUUCGUGGUGGCCAAGAAGUCGCAUCACUUUGGAAUGGCCAGUUGGUAUGCUUUCCGGGCGGCGGUUCGUGGCUUCGCCGGCCUGGUGAUGUCAAAUGCCGUGCCCUCUAUGGUGUCACCGGAUUCUCAGGAGGCUAGCAUUGGAGCCAAUUGCUUAGCCUUCUGUGUGAAGGGAGAAAAGUCUCACUUUGCAUUGGACAUGGCGGCCAGCGUGCGGGACUUGGGAGCCAUAGAGUGGGCAUGGUCAACGAACGAGUAUAUACCCCAUGGAUGGGCGGCGGAUGAGUCGGGAUUCUCCACCUGUUUUCCCAAUCUGGCGUUGCGUGCUCAGCGUCUUUUUGCCGCCGGUGGCCACAAGGGAUUCACCCUUGCCUGCAUCAUUGAUUUAUUAUGCGGAGUUUUAUCCGAUGCCCAAUAUGCCACAAAAAUUCCCCAUAAUCAGAGCCAACCCUCAAAUCUCGGCCAGGUUUUCGUUGCCAUCAAUCCUGAGUUGUUUUUGUCCAAUUUCACGGAGAGGUUAGAUGAUUUUUGUGGUCGGAUUAAAGACAGCCAGUCGCAAAAUGAUGGCAGCCCCGUCCAGCUGCCCGGCGAAAACGAAAGGGCCCACAUGAACUACGUCGAGGACCUGCGGGCGCUGCCCUAUCCGAACACCCUUCUGGCCAAGUACAAGCUCGUGGCGGAGAAGCUUUGUGUGAAGCCCAUUGACCUGGCUUUCGAGCGGUGUCAGUCCAGAAAGAGCUUCUAGCUCCUUCAAGGGGGAAUCUUUUCGUUUUAUCUACAAAGUCACGUGAAAUAAGGGAAAAC